GUGCAAUGGCCUGAUUACUUUAAUUGGCGGGAUGAGCAAAGACAUGCCCGCAGGCUCCCGGUGGUUCGCGCCGGCCACAGCAGUGCCGAACGGAUGACUUGCUGGUAUUUGGGUUGCUUGGUUGUCGUGCCCGGAGGCUGUCUGGUCUGUCAGCCCCUUAAUGCCAUCUUCACGCGCGAGUCAUCCUCGUGCUCUGCUCGCUCGACUGAAUUCAGAGCGAGCGCAAGGAGCUCGUGCAAUGACAGAUGAAUCAGAGACAUGAGCGCGACUCUUAGAACUUCGUGUGACACCUGUGACACCGAGCAGGUAGUCCACCCCCAGUCUGUUACUAAAGUCAUAUAGUCCUAAGAACCAGUCAGGAGCGCAGAGGGGUGGGAGGUAGGCCACUCAGCUGCCAUUCUUUCAGGGCGCAGCUAAGCAACUGUCAUUCCAUUCCACUCUGCAAAAUGGCUGUUGUGAAUUAUAACACACGGGGACGGAGGUGAGAUUGAUUUUGUGGGGGGGGGGGAGCAGCCUGUCAGAACCCACUACCCAUGAUCUGUGUUUGAGACACGGAGAGAAACAAUCUCUCGCUCUCCUUCCCGGAAAAGGGAAGUAUGUUCUCUCUCCCCGUUGCCCCGGCAAUGUCCCGUCCUGCGCAGCACUGAGGAGGGGCUAGGCCAGUCCGGCUGACGCGCUCCAGGCUGCAGUCCCCGCAUUCACACACCCUCCCCGACCCGAGCGGAUCCCUCCGCCUCUGGACACGCGCUCUCACUGAUUCGGGGGAGGAUGUAAAAGUCCGAGGGGUUCUAAGAGUCGAGCAGAUAAAGAUACCAAAGUGGCAAAGAUGGCGCGGCUUUGGCUGAACUUGUUUCUCACUCUCGCGCUCCUGGAGGUAACGAUGCCGGAGUCCGCAGCCGCAAGAGCGGAGCUUAUGGAGGAAGAGCAACAAGAGGGGGAGAGAUCGUGUCAUGGAGCUUUCGACUUGUACUUUGUUCUCGACAAGUCCGGAAGUGUGAAGUAUCACUGGCAUGAGAUCUAUUCGUUGGUGGAGCACCUGGCCCACAAAUUCAUCAGCCCCAUGUUGCGUAUGUCCUUUAUCGUCUUCUCCACUCAAGGAAACACUAUUAUGAGCCUAACGGAGAACCGGGAUGACAUCACCAAAGGUCUGAAUGCCCUGAGGAGAGUGGUGCCAGGAGGAGACACCUUCAUGAACCUGGGAAUCAGGAAGGCCAAUGAACAGAUUUACCAUGGCAACUAUGGGACGGCCAGUGUGCUCAUCGCUCUAACAGACGGAGAACUAAACCAACACCAGUUCAUCACGGCACAGCAAGAGGCAAACAAAGCGAGGUCGUUGGGAGCCAUUGUCUACUGUGUGGGAGUGAAAGACUUUAACCAAACACAGCUGGGCAUCAUUGCAGAUACCAUAGACCAUGUGUUCCCUGUGGUGGGCGGGUUCCAGGCCCUCAGAGGGAUGAUUGAUUCGAUUAUUGAUAAAUCCUGUAUUGAGAUCUUGGCAGCUGAGCCCUCCAGUGUGUGUGCAGGAGAGUCAUUUCAGGUGGUUGUCAGGGGUAACGGCUUCCUGCAGGCACGUAAUCUGGAUCAGGUCCUGUGCAGCUUCAAGCUAAAUGACUCCACCUCUCUCAAUGAGAGGCCGGUUAGUGUUGAAGACACCCUGCUACUCUGCCCAGCACCAGUCAUCAAUGAAGUCGGGAAGGUAAUAUAUCUACAAGUCAGCAUGAAUGAGGGCCUUUCAUACAUCACCAGUUCAGUGUAUAUCACCACGACAGAGUGUUUUGACGGUACCAUCCUCCUGAUCGCACUGCUGGUGUUGUCCCUGCUGCUGGCCCUGCUGUUCAUGUGGUGGUUCUGGCCUCUGUGCUGCACCUUGGUCAUCAAAGAACCUCCUCCACCACCUCCACCUGAACCUGAGUCAGAUGAUGAGGACGGUAUGCCGAAGAAGAAAUGGCCAACAGUGGAUACAUCCUACUAUGGAGGGAGGGGAGUAGGAGGGAUCAAACGCAUGGCGGUGCGCUGGGGAGAGAAGGGCUCGACUGAGGAAGGGGCUAAGUUGGACCGGCCUGCUAACGCUGUGGUGAAGCUUCCAGAACAGGAGUACGAACCGUACGAGCCCCGCCCCCCACGCACACACAGAUCACGCUCAGCACGCCCCAACAACUGGUACUCACCCAUACAGGGGAAGCUGGAUGCCUUGUGGGCUCUGUUCCGUCGUGGAUUUGACCAGGUGUCUCUCAUGAGACCUCAACCAGGAGACCAAGGGCGCUGUAUAAACUUCACACGUGUGAAACAGGAAGCUGCUCAGUCCUCUCCCCCUCAGAGCUCCGCCCCCUCCACUACAGCCCCUCCUCCUCCUCCUGCUGACCAUCGCCCCCUUGUGGCCCCGCCCCAGUGCCAACCACCCCGAAGCCUCCCCCCAUCCCUCCCCAACCGCUGCCCCCCACCCGGACCCCCCCCUUCACGAGCUCCCCGUGGACCGCCACCCUCUCGCCCUCCGCCCGGUCUUCAGAUGCUGUAGCCAUGGCAACCAAUACUUAAACCUCUCUCCUGGUGCCCUGACCACAUCCAUACACUGCACAGAGAGAAAGAGAGGGCAGGCUAUGUGUGUGUGUGUGUGUGUGUGUGUGUGUAUAUAUGUGAAAAGGUGCAUGCAAACAUAACGAACGUGUUAACUUGUUGGCAUCUACUAUGUACUUUGGUUAGGUUGAUUAGGUGGUGCUCAUACAGACAGAACGGAUAGAAUAAAGAAAGAAUAGAAAGACAGAAAGGCAGAACGAAGAAAGAGAAAGAAACCAGAAAAAGAGAAAGACAGAAAGAAGAAAGAGAGAAAACAGAAAGAGAGAGAAAGACAGGAAGAAGGAAGGGAAAUAAAGACAAGUGUAAACUGCUGGUCAGUUCUCUAAGUUAUUGUUGCUUUGAACACACACACAUACACACACACUGUUCUUUAUACACUGCUGCCUGUGGGUCUAUUCUCAAGUCUGUUUCUACUGCUGCCUGUGUGUGUGUUUUAUGCAUGAGGUGUGUGUGUGUAAUGUAUGAGUGUGUGUGUCUGUUGUGUGUAAGUCUCAAGUCUGUGUUUACUGCCUGCUGUUUUAGUGACGUCAUUAGGACUCUUGUAGCUUCAGAAGAUUUUUAUAUCACUGCUAUGUGUGUUAUGUAUGAGGUGUGUGUGUGUUAUGUAUGUAGGUGUGUGUGUGAUACUCUCUAUCCCUGCUACAAUAGCUGUGCUUUGGUAGUGUUGACCAUACUAAAGCCAUGUGUUCGAGAGUUUGUGUGUGUGUGAUUGGUGUCUUUUUGUAAAAAAUUAAAUAAAAAAACAAUAUGAUGCCUUGGGGUUGGGGUAGAAUCUCCUGUUAAUGUUUUUGCUUUUGCUAAUAAAACUAACAAAAACAGCU